CCGGCGCUUUCACACAAAACAGCGGCGAGCUCAACGCCCGGGUGUCAGAUUGAGAAGACGUCGACGGACUUCUCCGGCGGAUCUCCGAUCAGUCCAUUUUCCCUCGGGAAGCCCGACGCUGGCGAUUGAAAUUUCCGAAAAGUUGAUAUCUUUUACAUUUUCUCUGGUUCAGAAAUGAAACCAAAAGAAAGUACUUUGAAGUUUGAACCUUGCUAGGAAUCCUUCUAACCAGAAGUGGCUUUGGUGCCCUAUGCAGGUAGCAAAAAGGCAGGCUCCUGUGCAGUGCUCUGUUUUGCAGACAUUCUGCUGAUAAAGGGUAGCUUGUCCUUUCAUUGAUUCCCCUGUCAGCUUCAUGGAUUCUGUGCCAUCUUUGGAGAUUUUAGUUCGAGCACCAGAAGGGUUCUCUCUAUGGUGUGGACCCCCAUUCAACAAUGGUCAACCUGCUGUCAAGCUUGAAAAGGUUAUUUGUACCAAUGCAAAGUUCAGCGAAGAUGGGUCCAGACUCAUGGUGAUGAAAUCAGACUCCACUGUCAGCAUAUACGAUUGCAGCAGCUCCAAAGAGAUCAGAUCAUUUGCAGUUCCCAACAUGUCUGCAGCCACCAUGUCCCCUUGCGGGACCUAUCUUCAGACCUUUCAAAGACCCUCAACACCACAGGAAAAGAAUGUCAUCUUAUGGAAGACAGAAACCGGUGCUCCUGUUUAUCAACACUUCCAGAAGAACAUGACCAAAACCACAUGGCCCUCAGUUCAAUUUAGCUCUGAUGAAGCUAUUGCAUGCCGUCUGGCAACAAAUGAGAUACAAUUUUUUGAUGCUCGGGAUUUCUCUAAAGGAAUUAUAUAUCGAGUUAGAAUUCCCGGAAUAGCUGCUGUAGAGCUUUCUAAGGCACCUGGGUCCCAUGUGGCUGCAUUUAUUCCAGAAUCUAAGGGAAUUCCUGCCAGUGUCCAGAUAUUUGCUUGUGGUGAAAAUUCAAUGAGUCAACCUGUCGCUCGACGAAGCUUUUUCCGAUGUUCAACAGUGCAAUUGAGUUGGAAUCGUGGCUCUACGGGGCUUCUAGUUCUGGUUCAAGCUGAUGUUGAUAAAACCAACCAGAGUUAUUUUGGAGAAUCAAAGCUGAACUACCUGACAACAAAUGGAACCCAUGAAGGCCUUGUGCCACUCAGUAAAGAAGGGCCGGUUCAUGAUGUUCAGUGGUCAUAUUCUGGUUCAGAAUUUGCUGUUGUUUAUGGGUUUAUGCCUGCAAAAGCAACAGUGUUUGACAAGAAGUGCAAUCCUCUGGUUGAGCUUGGCACAGGCCCUUACAAUACUAUUCGAUGGAAUCCAAAGGGGAAGUUCCUAUGUUUGGCAGGUUUUGGAAACUUACCUGGUGAUAUGGCAUUUUGGGACUACAAGGAGAAAAAGCAGCUUGGAACAACUAGGGCUGAGUGGUCUGUAACAAGUGAAUGGUCCCCAGAUGGACGCUAUUUCAUGACUGCCACAACAGCUCCAAGACUACAAGUUGACAAUGGGAUUAAAAUUUUCCACCCCAAUGGAUCACUGUAUUUCAAGACGAUGUUUGAUAAGUUGUACCAGGCUGAUUGGAAACCGGAAUCACCAGAUAGGUUUGGUGAAAUUGCUGAACUUGCCCAGUCCAUUGACUCAUUAAAAGUUGGAGAAACCAAACAACAAGGGCAAGGUUCAAAAUCUUCCGUGGCUCCUAACAAAGCUACUUCCGCCAACCCUCCUACUCAAAAACCUGCUGCAUAUCGUCCACCACAUGCAAAGACUGCAGCUGCCAUUCAGACCAAGCUAUUUGGAGGGAGCUCUACAGAAGAAAUGAGCAAGAACGCUGCAAAAAACAAGAAAAAAAGGGAGAAACAGAGGGAGAAGAAGGCUGCUGAGGCCGCCUCUGCCGCCAAUAAUGGUGCAUGAUUAAAUCUCAAUGUAUCAUACGGUUCAUACCUAUCCUGCCCAAAUACUUAGGCUGGAAUCCGAGGCUUCAGCUCUGGGGUUUCUCAAAGGUACCAUUACCCCAUGGCUGGAUUUUUUAGGCUUCUUAAAAGAAUGAGGCAGUCACAAUUUUUAUACACAUAAUCAUGUUUUGUAUUUGAAAUUUUCCGGGAAAGUUUUGUUUGUCUUAUUGGGUAACAUACUAAUUUACAGCUUCGAGAUAUUACUUGCCCCGAAUAAUAGUGUGGUGUUUCACUGGGCACACAUCAACUUUUCUACUACAUCAAAUUCUUAACAUGUUCAAGCUCAA